AUGGCAAAAUACUUUGGUACUUUAAUGCUUCCAGAAUGGUUUAAUAGUUUUUCAUACUUCGCCUUUUAUCUCGCUUAUUCGAACAGUGUUCUCAAUCCUAUUAUUUACGGAGGAUUUAACAACAAUUUUCGACAAGGGCUAUGCGCAGUUUUACAAUGUAAAUGCCAGAGAGCAAAUUUUAAAAGACCAAUUAGUUCAAAGAAAUCUUUGACAACAAUAACAACAGCAAUGUCUAUGACUCAUUCGAAUGGACGACGUAAACUGUCGGGAAGAAAGAGUAAGGUUGAGAUGAAAUUUGUGAAAAAAGCCGACAACAAUGAAGAAAACUGUACAAAUAAUUAUCAGCAAACAAGUAACAGCAGUUACUACAGAAGAAAUUAAUUGAAAUUUAUUUUAUUUUUAUUAUUUUAUAGUCGUUGAUAUAGCAUUAUGUCGGUGCUGUAUUGUAGUUUACAAAUCCACAAUAAAUAAAAUAUGGGUUUAAUAUAUUCAUUUUAUUGAUUGAACUGCAGCAAUUUUGUUAACAACUGAUUUAAGCUUUUAUAAAAAAAAAAUCAAUCUAUUUAUAUGUAAUUUCGGAAU